CUGUUUAUUGAAUUAAAGAAAGGCAAGUUGUAAUAAUUAUACAGAGUCCGUGAGCUCUUGUAUUACACACUAACAGAUUAUUUUCAGUUUCCAGAACUUGUUUCUUGAUUUCAAUUGAAAAAGAAACCACUGGCUGGAAGUGAGCCAGAGUGUGAAGCUGGACGAAUAAGAAGUGAAGUCUAAAGAUAGAAUAUAAACCAUUAAACUUUAAAGUCCACCAUUCCACGCCAGACGUUAGUGCUUAUCAGAAUGGUCUUCUGAAAACAAUCUUUUAGGGGUGAUUAAUGUCUGCUAUUAAAACAUUUUACACAAGGACAUUAAUGAGUAGGUUGAAGUCUUAAGGUCUGACUUUUAAAUGAAUUUUAAUUCUCAUCAGCAAUGCCUACAGUACUUCAACAUGCUGACCUGAGGAAACUUCAACAGAGCCAUGAGAACAAUUACAGCAAACACAGGAAUCAUUAACCUGGCCUGUAAACAAAUAAUCUUUCGUUCAGCAGGCAUCACAUCACACGCGUUUACAUAAAUAGCAAGAUAACAUCCGUCUCACAUAAAAAUGUCAACAGAAUGCAUGGACGUAUCAGUGUAGAAAUAUUGAAUUUAAAGCCAAGAGAGAUAAUUCUCUCUCUCUGUAAUGCCAUUAGGUGUCCCCAUUCUUUUUGACUGUCACAAAGUGCACUAGUGCUUUAGAAAAAAAGACAAAAGUGAAGCAAACUAAAAUAACCUCAUGCACUUCUCAAAUAAUUGAAUCUGUGUCACUUCAAUCAAAUAAAUGCUUAUGGAGACACUCCCUGGUACAUUUAAAAAUACCGAGGAGAACUACAGCAGUUCGACUAGGAAGGAAGUCCAAAAGAGCACAAGUGAACAUGUAGGGAUGCAGGGAAACACUCAGGAUGAAGAACAUUAGGCUUAUCUUGCUACAACGAAUUGUGUGUGUGUGUGUGCCAAUUGUAUUUUAUUCACUGAGGGGUGGACAAGACCCAGAUCACAGCAUCUAGAUCAAAGAGUUCAGCUGCACUCAAACCUGUUCCUUUCACAGGCUGGACCUCCUGGGAACUCUGACGAGCCCUGACAGGGGUCUUGACGUCCACGUGCCCAAUCUUCAGAGUACUCCGGAGGCACACUUCCUCUGUCUGUCUUGCUCUCUCUGUCCUACUCUGUCCUUCUGUCCUACUCUGUCCCUCGUUCAGUUCAGCCCAAGUUCCAACCACAUCUGUUUUCUAACCACUUCUCUCAGCUCAGGGUCACAGGGAAGCAACAGGACAGACACAGACCCAGGGCUGGCUGCCCAGAAGCCAAUUAACCCACCAGCAUGGUUGAAACCCAGGCGAACCAGGGGAGAACAUGCGAACUCCACGCAGACAGCACCCUGUUUCUUAUACCGGGGCAAGAAUUGAGUGUGAAUUGUAAAUUGGGUGUGAGUGUGUUUUUAUGCCCCUGUAAGAUGUGGAUGUUGAUGUUACUGUGCUGUGCUGACCACUGAGCACCACGCCCUCAGCCCGGCUCCGUUGCUGUGAUUCAUUUCUCCACCUCGGCUGGUGCAGGUGGUAGAAAAACCAGCAGUGUAAACCGGGAGAUGCGUCAGAGCGCCUAGGCGUCAGGGGAAGAGGAUCGGGCUGAUUCCACGCUGAAAAGCGGAGAGAAGAAACACACCUCUUCGGUUAUAGAGCCUUCUUCUUCACACCUGAAAUUCUGGUACGCAAAUGUCCCAAACAGAACCUAACAGUGAGUUAUAUCAAAUAAGAACAAAUAAGACCCGAAUUUAAUUUACUAAAGUUAAACUUUUUUUUUUUACGAAUAAAAAUUGUACUGAACUGAGCGUGAAUUCAAUUAAAAGGUUUUAAAACGGCAGGGAUGAAACGGGAAACGACAUCUUAAUUGUUAUGAGGGAGAAGUCCCGGUUUAAAUGCGUGUUGUUCAGCGAUACAAAACGCUUCCAUAUCCCAUUAAGAUGAUCAGACUGGGGGAUCAAACAUUACGCCACACAAAGUGUAUAACGAUUAUUGUGCACAUUUCAAUUAAAUUAGUAGAGCUUUUACCAUGCGUUUCGUCUCCUUAUUUAUCUGUACGAUGCAGUCUGUUUUGUCAGUGUAGUAAAAUAAACACUGUAAUGAAAUCAGCCGUAGUCGAAACUACUAUCCAGCGAAAUAGUUCAAGUGAAACGCACAAGGUAAAUGUACAGCAGGCAGGCAAUGUAAAAGCGAAAUGCAAAACACAAUUUUAUAUUGAUUAAGCAACAUAUUUGAUGACAUUCUAGCUUUGUAUGGAACUGUCUUCAGUUCUCUUAUUUAUCUUCUGAUUCAGCGCCGAGCAAAAUAUCCUUUUUUAAAAAAAACGGAUGCAUUAUGAUGCGCCCCCUUUUUUUUAUGAACGUGCAAAACCUUCAUUUGUCUUUGGCCAUUUGAAAACUUGGCGUGGACAGAAGGCUCACGCUGUCGCCUUUCUCGUAUCGCCGGCGAGCACUGCUCCACGGCUGUUACAUAACCUACCACAGUCCGGGGGGUAACUCCCAGCCUCAGAACAUCUGGCCGCUCGCCGGGGUGUGACGCGGCGCGCUCGCUGGGGCAGGUAGCUCGUAAAUAGCGCGACAGCGCCUUUCUGAUGCUGCUGCUUCGUUUGCCUUCGUUGGUGUCGGGCGUUGAAAGUCCGCUUUAGUUGAGCUUGUUGCAUUUUGUACAGUAAUUUCGAGCGCAAAAAAGGGGGGAGGGCGCACACCCUGGUUAGCGGUCAGUUAAUUCCAGAGGCGAGAGAGAGAGAAAAGGGAAACGGGUUUACAGGAGUUACAGGCAAAUGACGUUUCCAUUUUAAGCGGAUCACCGUAGGGAGAUCCUGAACUCCUCGAACGCGACGGGAGUGGCCGUGCUCGCAGCCUCGGUGCGCCCUCGCCGUCCCGCUGCUCCGCUCGCCCUGGCCGCCGUUGGGGUGGAAACCAUGCGCGCAGCAGGAGGAGCACCCACGGUGCCAUGCUAAGCAAGUCGCUGCUUCUGGUGCUGGCCCUGACCGCCGCUGCCGGGCUCCUCCGACGGUGCCGCUGCUGGAGCGACGAGGACCUCCUGCUGCCCCCGAUCAACUCCUCCACCCGCUUCCUGGCGAACCUGGAGGUGGACGUCAGGUACUCCAAGAGAUCCGUGGAGGGCAGCGAAGCGUCCUCCGAGACGGCGCUCCAGCCCCUGUGCAACAUCAGCGUGCAAAGGCUCAUGCCCACCUCGCUGGUGGCCCGCUGGGACAGGCACCUGGGCUUCCAGUGCGAUGUGCUCAUCUACACCACCAACAACCACGGCCGGGCGUUCUUCUCCGCGGCCUUCAGCCGGGCGGUCUCACCUGUUGUCAUCGAGCACCUGGGCGUCGCGGGCGGCCAGCAGGAGUUCAGGCUGUGCGUGGGCUGCGGGCUCUCCCGGAGCCGGCGGUUCGGGCAGGCCAGGUCGUACCCGCUGCAGGCCGGGGAGCCCCUGGGCUUCUGCUGCCUGGACUUCGGCCUGGACGAGCUGAAAGGCGACCACAGCUGGAGACUGAACCGCAAGCCCAUCGAGUCAACUUUGGUGGCCUGUUUCAUGACUUUGGUGAUCAUUGUGUGGAGCGUUGCUGCCCUCAUCUGGCCAGUGCCCAUUAUUGCAGGCUUCCUUCCCAAUGGCAUGGAGCAGAGGAGACAGAGAUAAGGCGCGCACGGGGUUCGAUUUUGUUUUUAAGUUUGAACUGAUCGAUUCUCGAUUAAAACACAGUGAUGUUUGUAUUAGAGACUGUAAAGGCCUUGCUACUCCGACUUGAAUAUUUUUAUGAUGGCAGAAAUUAUUUUAUAAGUUCAUUCAUUUGCUUUUAGCAAGUAUCCAGGGCUAUUCGUUUUUUUAAGAGUGCAAUGUUUCUAAUUUUGUAGCCUAAUGCUUUAUAUACAGCAUAUUGUUUCGUACCGAUCGACAACAUGUGUUGCGUAAGGUUUUAAACAGAAUGGUUUGCAGAUGUUUAAUAUGAAACAUUUCAAGUAGAAGAAAAUGUGCAUUAAAUAAACAUUGUUCGGGCAAAUGAGUGCGUAGAGUAACAUAACCAUUUCAAAUAAGACCCAGAUAUGGUCUACCUGUAUCUUACUAUCUUAUUAUAUCUUAUUAAUUCGAAUGUAUUAAUUUAUAACAUUCCAAAUAUCGUAGAAAUAGACCGGGCAUCACAAACGUAUUUCUAUGUAUUUCAUGUGCGAAAAUAAUACAGAAUAGAAUUUAAUAUACGUUGUAUAUGCAUAUUUGUAAUCUUCUCUUUUUAUACAUAAUACGUUUUUUGAAUUAUUAAGAGGAAUUCGUGAAGUCAAAACCUUCUAAUAUGCUUAGUGAGUAAAAUUAACUAAGAACAAAAUUAUUUAAUCAUAGGGUGUUCAGACCGAUUUUAGUAAUACUGUAUAUUUGUAAAAAUAUCUCCACAAAUUGUUCUUAUAGCCUGCAUCACGAUAUUAUUUAUUUUGCAAAACAUGGAAAGAAAAGUACUUCCAUUCAUAUCUCUUUCCGGAGCAUUCAAACACUACAGUAAAGUCAAAAACGUUUGCCAAUUUCUCUUCAAAAUAGCACCAGAAGAAUGAAUAAAAUGUUUUCCAUGUUUGUUAACAGAUUUAUGGAAAUCGUUGAGAUAGAUUUCCAACGUUGAGAUUUAAUUUGCAACAAACAGGUUUGCUGGCAUAUUCAGUACUGAUUCUAGGUAUUUUUAAAACAAAAUAUCGUACUGUGAACAAUGGGUACUUCACAGAAAUCUAGUUAGGACCAACCAAUAUUUGAAGCUGCAAUAUGUAUGUAUUUCUUAAAGAUACAGUUCAUGACCUAAUGCUGAAGAAAGUCCAUACCUCAUACCUGUCCGUAUUCCGUGUCAACAUUCAGUAACAGCGUUAGUCUUUUCACAGUAACGGUAGCCGUGUGUGCUGUUUCAAAGAUGUACUCGCCCGGAUAUAACCAUGGGAAUAACCACGAACUGCUAUGUACCAACAUUCAGAAACACAAUAAAUACUUUCAAUCGUAUCAAAAAUUGCGUUAUGAUGAUCAUUUAUUUGAAAUGUGAGAUCGUUGUUUAAAUACAACAAAGUGUAUGCACUGUGCAUGUAGCCAGAGGGCACAUUAGAACAGCUCAAUAAUUGCUAUUUAUUUAGCAUUGCAAACAAAGAAUAUAUUUACCAAUUACACACCCAGACAGGAAAUCUAAAGACACCUCAUUUACAGAAAACUCAAAGCGCAAUCCCGGCAUUUCUUGACACACAGCGUUCGGGGUCCUUGUCGUCCGGGAAAAUGAAAUUGUGAAAAUGAAACAGUUUUCUAAGUGGAAUGGUAUGAUGGACUUAAACUCUGCAGUGUUUAUGCUAUUACAUGAUUCGGAACUAUUCUUCAACAUGUCCGACAACAAUCUAGAAAUUGAAAAGCAGUUUCCAGAUGGCAUGAAUACACGUUCCUAUGCCCUGCAAUUCAUAAUUUCAGAAACACUUAACAAAGACAGAAACAUAAGCGCACUCAUAAAUCUGCACACUGUACUGUAUUAUUGCAAACAAUCUCAGAGCAGUUUGCAGGGUUAACGGACUUCAGGUGUGAGAUCUAAGUAGAUCAAUAAUAUGAAAUAUUAAUUGGGAAGGGAUAUUAUUCCCUCUUGUACAUAAUAGAUUGUGUCUUCCUUCCUUGUGACCUUUCCAUCACAACCUCUUCAUCGUAUAUAACAUUAUUCAUUUUGGUUUCAUGCAUGAUC